AUGUUCGGCCUUUCGCUAGCACGGACGGCCUUCACCGCCCUUCGCACGGGUUUCGCUACCCUGCCUGAAUCCUCGGUCUUUGCACGAGGAUACAAGAUGAAGACUCACAAAGGUGCCAAUAAGCGAUGGACGGCUCUGCCAAAUGGAGGAUUCAAGAGGAAGCAUGCAGGUCACUCACAUUUGAACAUUGGUCUUUCUACCUCCCACUUGUCUCGCUUGACAAGGAUUGCGUAUGCCAAGGGGAAGGGUAAGGGAGAUCAGAAGAAGAGGUUGAGGAAGUUGAUGCCCGGAAAUAGGGCGAGAUGA